UCACUUCUGGUCUGUUCAGGCGGGCUGUUUGAGAGCUUGGGGGACCGACGUACCUCACGUUAAGCUUGUGUAACUAAAGUUAUAUAGUUUACGGAUCUCAUUCACGAUAAGUGACACCUUAACUUUUUUGUAAUCGUGUGGAGAUCGAAAGUCAAAGUUUGGUCGACUUCACUCAGCUGGAGGGAGUAGUGCUGAUUAGCCGUGUCAAUGCGGUUAUUGUUAGCUGACUAAAAAGCGAGCUAUGGACCGACCAUCUAGGAAGACAAAGACUGUGAAUUACUGUGAGAGCAAGGACUUCGAUGAUGAUGAGGAUUUUGCCUGUGUGAAGGCCCCACCCAGCAAAAAGGUCAGGGAGGAUGUGAAACAAGAACAGAAGAAAUCAUUAAGCAAGUCCUCCAGUCAAGAGGCCACCUCACAAUCGAGCCAGAAGAACAGAAAGCCACUGGACGAAAAGCUGUAUGAGAGGGAUCUCGAAGCAGCCAUCACGCUUUCCAUGCUCAAUAAUGUAGAGGAAGUGAAGGACCAGUCUCCUGUCAGUAAAGGAGAUGUCAAAUUUCCAGUAGAUGAAAACACAGAUCCAGCUUUUCUGCUCCUGUCCAACUGCAGUGUGGAUGGUGCAGUUAUGGGUUUGGACAAAAUCACAUCAGAGAAAGGGUCGCCUGCUCCUGCCAGGCAGAGAAAGGCUGCCUCCAAAGCUACUGAGGAGCUGAAAAACAAGGAUGGUGAUGAUGAUGAUGACUAUCAACCCAAACUGACACCAGAUUCAGAAAGCGAUGAAGAUUUCAGUGAACCAUCUGAGAGCGAAGAUGAGGAGUUCACAAUAAAGAAAGCAAGCAAGACUAAAAAGAAAGAAAAAGCAACAAAGAGUGAAAAAACCAAACAGACUCUUGCUUCUAAAAAAGAAAAGCAACCAUCGAAACCAUCAAAGCCUAAAUCGCAAGCAGCAGCUUCUACCCCAGUGACAACACCUCCAACAGCCAAACCUGCCUCUAAAAGACCCGCGUCAUCCUCCACAGUCUGCACAUCGAAGCCUGCAGCCUCUCUGAGCCCAGCAGCGGGAAAAAUGCCCAAGUGGAACCCACCAGCUCAAAUUGGAAAAAGUCCCUCCACGUCCCAGACUCCAGCAGUGAAGUCUCCGGGUCAGGGUCUGCGGCUCGGGCUCUCCCGCCUCGUUCGAGUCAAACCUUUGCACCCUAGUGUUGCAAGCCACUGACUGAACUGACCUGCUGUCAGAGGUCAGGUCAUGUUGUGUUUUUAAAGUUUUCAGUUAUUUUUAGGCAAAGACUUCUAAAUAUUAAUUUCUAUUAGUGUGAUACAAAAUGCGCGUUACUGAGAGGGUCUUCACCCUCUUACCCCUGGAUGCUAUUUGAGGUUAAAUUCUGAAAGUGUGAGUUCAUGUCUGAGUUGUGUCAUUUUUUUUUGGUCCUGAAUUGUGUCAUGUUACCUCCACUCAAAACACAUUUUUGCUCUAGUGUGUGAACACUGUAAAUCUUGUACAUACAUUUAAAUAAACAUAGAAAAACUGGU